AUGUUUGCUAACGUCCUUGAAUAUAAGGCAAAUGCAUGCGAAGCGAUCACCUUCAAGCUGAGUAUGACAAUUUAUUUUCAUGGCUUAGUUAGGACUGUUUUUGAUGUGACUUUGGCUGACAGCUUCAAACCAGAAAUGACACAUCAAAUAUUCGGUCCAAAGGAAAUCAUAUUUGGAUACAAGAAUCUCUCUGUAAAUAUAUUAUGUCUAGCUGGAAGCCUGGAAACAUUUGUUGAUACUGAAUAUGCUUCCAAAAUCAGUACCAAACUUGCCAAGGGUACUGAGCCUCAUGAUAUUUUAGAAUCGCUCACAAAAUCUUAUGAAUUUGAAUUAAUCAAGACUAGAGCCGAUUUUGAAUCAAAAGUUAUUCAAGAAAUUCAUUUCAAGCCCUUUGGUACCGUUAGAAAUAAGUAUACCUCGGAUAAUGGGUCUAAGUCUUUUUCCAUAUAUUAUAUAGAGCCUGGGAUGGAAGACUUUGAAGAAUUUAAAGUUCUUCACAAACGGAUGCAGUCUUUCUUGCCCUUCUUCGUUGAUGGUGCCUCAUUCAUUGAUUCGGAUGAUUCUCAAUGGUGCUAUUACACACUAUAUGAAUCAUAUUUUUCCGAAAUGGACGUGCCCUGUUUUGCUUUUGUUGGAUUUAUGACGGUGUAUAAAUUUUAUGCCUACCCUGAAAGUAUUCGGCCGCGUAUUAGUCAAGUGCUUAUCCUUCCUCCGUUUCAAAAGCAAGGCCAUGGAACGCAAUUUGUCCAAACAUUUUAUAACGAUUUUGUUCCCGUUUCUAAAGUUUUGGAUAUCGCA